UCUCUCCGGUCCUCUUCUUCUUCUUCCCCAAUUCCUGAAACCUCCCAACAUUAACAGACAGACCCAGUUUUCCAAAUCAACCCAAACCCCUUAACUCCCCCUUUCAACAAUUCCCACUAUCCCUAAUCCCACCAAUCACACUCCGCCAUCUCACCUCCCCCCUCUCCGACGCUAUAAUGCGCCGGGCCAUCCCCUCCGCCGUCGCGCCGGUGUUUCAAGGCAGCUCCUUUCUCUAGAGUCUUCUCGAUUUUUUUUUAUUCUUUUUUGGUGAAUUCGAGGGGUUGGGGGUUGAAAUGGGGAUUAGGGUUUGGGGAUUUGGGAUCCUGAUAUUAGUCUCAUGUUGCUGGCUAACGUCCGCCGCCAAGCCGACGACUUGUCCGACGGAGUCCGCCGCGGAAGCGAUCUUUGGGUUUCGAGAUUCCGUUUGUGCAGUUAACGGCGUUACCAGAUCCAAUGGUGUUAUUGUGGGAGAUGAGGUUUCAUUGCAGAGGGCGUUGAAUCUGGUUCACAAGAACAGUCAUGAGUAUGUGGCUGUGCUCUUCUAUGCAUCUUGGUGUCCUUUCUCGAGGAUGUUUAAGCCAACAUUUUCCGUUCUGGCUUCUUUAUAUCCUUCCAUCCCACAUUUUGCGUUUGAAGAAUCAGCCAUCAGGCCAAGUAUACUUUCAAAGUAUGGAGUUCAUGGCUUUCCUACUCUUUUGAUUUUGAAUUCUACAAUGCGAGUGCGAUACCAGGGUGCCCGUACUGCUGGUUCUCUAAUUGCUUACUAUAGUGAUGUUACUGGCAUCAAGACAGUCUCUUUGGAUCAAUUGUCACUGGAAAGAGCUGGACAUCCAUCAAAUCAUGAGAAAAAUGAUAGCAAUGAGCAGGAAAGCUGCCCCUUUUCAUGGGCAAGAUCUCCAGAGAAUAUGCUUCGGCAGGAAACAUAUUUAGCUCUUGCCUCUGCUUUUGUUAUCCUGCGGUUGCUCUACAUCUUCUUUCCCACUCUUAUUUCACUCGCUCAAUGUGCAUGGAGAAGGCAUAUUCGAAAUGUAAGAUUCUGGAGCUUAUUUGAGCACCCUGUGGCCUAUCUAAAGCGAGCAGUGCAGUUAUUCAACUCUUUAAAGGAGCCUUGCAAAAGGAGUAAUCUGCAGGAAGGGGCAAUGAAUGCGCGUGUCUGGGCUUCCAAGUCGCUUGCUACAGUUUCCAUUGGGGAUGCAAACACCAACCGGGGUACUGCAGUGACUGAAACUCGUUGAUUGUUAACAGAUUGUGUUGUGCAGAAGCUUUUGGUGUUCGAAGACUCAUCUGAUCACCAUUGUUCAAGGUGUGUUGCAACAGAAGGUUAAUUGUGCCAUUGUAUCAUGUUUCUGUAGCAGUUCAUUCCUUGUUUGUCCAUAUUUCAUAAGCUUUAUAGGUUACACUAUGUUUUACAUUCAAAUUGCUGAAUUUGGAUCGCAAUUUUUGAAUAGGUUUAAUAAUUAGUAAACUUUUCGUGUGCCCACUAUUAUGUGAUA